UGGGCGAGAAAAAACUGCGGUUCCCUCUUCAGAGAUGGAGAUAUUUUCUUUUAAUCUAACGUCUUUGUGGAAUAUACUUCUUAGCAGCGUUUUUGAGGCCGCCGCAGUGCCUCCUUUGGAAAAGGGGGUGAGGGUGAGGGGGUGAUCUGGCUUGGCCCCUCCUGAUGCUGGGCAAUCGGAGGAAUGCUUAGCAAGCGGAUGACUAGUAAGGCCGCUUACAGCCCGUAUUCUGCUGAACUGCGGAGGAAGGUCUCCAAAGUUGGAGGAAACGUUCUGGAUUCUGUCUCCUUCCGAGCUAGUGUCUGGCUGAAGGAGCUUCCAAGACGAGAUGGCCUGGAUGCCUCAACUUCCAGUCUGGUGGAUUUGUGUCCAUCAGCCACAGUAGCUACGCUGAAGCGUCCCACUAGUCUCAGCCGCCAUGCCAGCGCAGCAGGAUUCCCCCUGUCCCCUGCUAUUCCCAGAGGUCUUGCCAAAGCUCAUAAGCCUCAUAGUGCCUAUAGUCCCAAUGAAGUCAGCGAAGGGAGCCUGGCAGAACCAGAGGACAUUUCACAGCUGCUCGCCGAAGUGGCUUGUUUUGCAGAGCGCCUGGAGAAGCUGAAGGAUGUUGUACUGCAGGAGGACGGCCUGGAGUCUCGACGGUCGCUCGCCCAUGAGUGUCUUGGAGAAGCCUUACGGAUUCUUCGGCAAGUCAUUAGCAAGUACCCGCUGCUCAACACCUUGGAGACCUUGACAGCAGCAGGGACCCUCAUCUCCAGGGUCAAAGGCUUCCACUAUGAGUCCAACAAUGAAGCUGAAAAACGUGAAUUUGAAAAGGCCGUGGAAUUGAUUGCUGUCUCCUUCAGUAGCACUGUCUCUGAAUUCCUCAUGGGAGAAGUGGACAGUAGUACCAUCCUUUCAAUUCCUCUUACUGAUCUGAAUCAGUCGGUGGAAAAUCUAUAUGGGGGGAUUACUAGUUUGGGAGCAGAAGAUGUGCUGAACAGUAGAGAAGACUUCAGUUCAGUGCGCCUGUCAGGAGAAGAGGUGGAUGUGCUCCUGCAGAAGUGUGAAGGAGGGGUGGACUUCGCCCUCAAUUAUGCCAAGAAUAUUUCCAAGUACAUGAAGGAUCUCAUCUACUAUAUGGAGAAGAGGACGGUUCUGGAAAUUGAGUUUGCCAAAGGACUUCAGAAGAUAGUGAACACCUGCAAACAAACCAUCACUCAGGAGCCCUCCAUGCCAUUCCUCUCCAUCUACUCGCUGUCCCUGGAGCAAGACAUGGAGUACAGUCUCAGCUCCCUGCAAGCUGCUACCACUUUGCGAACUGAAACGUACCUGCAGCCCCUGUCCCUGAGGCGCCUUGAGCAUGAGAAGCGGCGGAAGGAGAUUAAGGAGCAGUGGCACCGAGCACAGAGGAAGCUGCAAGAGGCCGAGAACAACUUGCGCAAGGCCAAGCAGAUGUAUAUGCAGCGCUCGGAGGAGUGCGAAAAGGCCAGGCACGUGAUGGCCAAGGCAGAAGAGGACCAGCUGGGGUCCAGCAGCAGCUCCGCCACCUUGAAGACCUUGGACAAGAAGCGGCGGCUGGAAGAAGAGGCCCGGAACAAGGCUGAAGAGGCCAUGGCAACUUACCGGACCUGCAUCGCAGACGCCAACACACAGAAGCAGGAGCUGGAGGACACCAAAGUGACUGCGCUUCGGCAACUCCAUGAGGUGGUCAAGCAGAGCGACCAGGUCAUAAAGUCGGCUACCAUUUCCUUCUACCAAAUCAUGCACAUGCAGACAGCCCCGCUGCCUGUCUAUUUUCAGACCUUGUGUGAGAGCAGCAAACUCUAUGACCCCGGGCAACAGUACGCCUCUCAUGUCAAGCGGUUGCAGCGGGGGGACGAACCCGAGACACAGUAUGAUUUUGAGCCCUACGUGUCAACCAACAACUGGUCUCCAGUGACUCGGGCAAGAAAAGGCAGUUACAGUACUACUGAAUUCACAGGAGCGAGUAGCUCCGACUCAUCCAGCAAAGACGGAGCAGCCUCCGAGGGUGACGCAGCCGCAGGGCGAGAGCCACAGAACCGUCCCAUUCAACUUGAAAAACGAGGUGGGCGAGGUCACCAGGCACACAAGUCAUGGCCGACAGCCAUCACAGAGAGCAAGGACAGUCUGGAAUCCUCUGGCACGAGCUCAGGUGACUUUCCUCAGAAGUUCCAGCAGAUGCCUUCAAAUGGAUCGCUGUCGCCUAGAGAUGACCCUGAUGAAAAUUCACCUUCCUUUGAACAGAGCAUUAAUGAAAUGACUCCAGGAAUCUCUACACCCACCGGCCCUUUCCGGCAUUUCAGCUUGUCCAAAGCUGCACAGACCCAUCGGCUGAGGAAGCUGCGGACCCCCUCCAAGUGUCGGGAAUGCAACAGCUAUGUCUACUUCCAGGGAGCUGAAUGUGAAGAGUGUUACUUAGCCUGUCACAAGAAAUGCCUGGAGACUCUGGCCAUUCAGUGCGGCCACAAGAAACUUCAAGGCAAGCUGCAGCUCUUUGGGCGGGACUUUGCACAGGCUUCCCACACCAGCUCCGACGGCGUCCCCUUCAUCGUCCAGAAGUGCAUCAGUGAGAUCGAAAGGCGGGCCAUGAAAACCAAAGGCAUCUAUCGCGUCAAUGGGGUGAAGUCCCGCGUGGAGAAGCUCUGUCAGUCCUUUGAGAAUGGGAAAGAGCUGGUCGAGUUGUCUCAGGCCUCACCACACGAUAUCAGCAACGUGCUGAAGCUCUACCUUCGUCAGCUCCCAGAACCAAUCAUGCCCUUCCGGAUGUACAACAGCCUUAUGGGGUUGGCCAAGGAGACCUUGCAGGGUAGGUCUGACAGCAGGGCAGGGAGAAGCACUGGUGAGCCGGUGGACCGAAGCAGCGAGAUGGAGAAAGUCGUGGUAACGAAGCUGAAAGAGCUGCUAAAAGAUCUUCCACCCAAGAACUUUGCCACCCUGAAGUGUAUCAUGCAGCACCUGAAGAGGAUUAUAGAACUUGAAGAUGACAAUAAAAUGUCUUCUGGCAACCUGGGAAUCGUCUUUGGCCCCACCUUAAUGCGCCCCCGGCCCACCCAGGCUACCGUCUCCCUCUCUUCCCUGGUUGAUUACCCCCAUCAGGCAUGCAUUGUUGAGGCACUCAUAGAUUUCUAUGCUGCUAUCUUUGAAUCCAAUGACGUAUUUCCAGAAGGCUCAGAUGAAACGGCCAGGGAAGAUGAGGAGUUGGUCAGGAACCAGGAGGAUGAAGGAACACAACCCCACAGUGAAGUCCAGUACCUUGAGGCAACCUCUGAGCAGACAGAAGCCGCUCUUCAUGAAGAUUCAUACAGAGAACCCGACACUCCCUUUAUCGAUUCGGAUUCUGAUCCAGAAGAUGUCACAGAUGCAGCCAUUGAAGGAGUCCCACGGGCCAGCUCAGGUCCAGGAGGCAGUGAGACCAGUGGUGAAGAGGAGAGUCCAUCUGGUGAGGAAGCCACCGAGGAAGCGGUCCUGAGGCAGAGACACAGCGUGGAACAGUCAGAUCCUGAGGAUGCUUCACCCCAACAUCACCUAAGCCCAGCAGAAGGUUGCUGGGAGGCAGAAGGAGAUGCUGUCUUCAGGAGUGGAGAUGAGGAGAACAGCAACAGGCAGGUUGAAAGUCCUCUGGCAGACCUCAACACCAACCAGUCCAACAACUUGCUUUUCUCACACUCGCUGUUCAACUAAGAAUGUGUUUUCAGCUUCCUGGCGUAACAGAGAAAAUUAUGCCGUGAUCAGUUGAGGGAAGCCGUGAGUCCUUUAAGUGUAGAGACUGACAUUGAAGAGAUGGCCCUCAACUGCUUUCACAGAGUCAUCCUUUGAAGUCCUUCUGGCUUUCCGGGCUCCUUAUUUUUUUAACAGCCUGCUUUUAAAUUCUUUGUAAUACCAAAAUGACAUCUGGGGACUCUGUGGGAAGAGGCAGGGAGGAGGCUAUGUGAGGAGAGACAUUAAGGCCCACAGACACUGGAAAGACCUCUGCAACAUCAAAACUUUCUUAAAACACCUUUCUCUAACCUAAUGCCCUUCUGAAAUUUUGGAUCUCAGCUCCCAUCUUUCUUCAUGUGUAGUCCUACUGAACAAGGGGCACCAGGUUGAGGAAUGCUAUUUUAAAAGAACAGCCACAGAUACAGUCACUUUGCACUCCCUCCCAUUCCUGAGGUUCCAUCCCUUUCAGGAAACAAUACACCCAUUUUGAUCCUACGUCUUCAGAUGUGUUUGUUUAAACAUUAGCAGAUUAUAUUUGUUUUUAAGUAAAACCACUUCAGGAUGCUAUUUUAAAAAUCAGGGUACAGAAAAAAUGCUCAGUUAUGAGCUUUGCUGGAUGACAGAUUACUUGAAGGCUGCAAUCCACAUGUGCAAAUCCUACUGAGGUCUUAGGACCAGGUUUGGGUUGCUGAUGUGGAGCAAUCCUAUCAGGAAAAGGGGGGGAGGGGGAGAGGGCAAUAUGCUUAUUGCACAGCUGUAUGAAAGAAAGUGCCAGUAUAGCCAGGUGAACGUCUGGGCUGUAUGUUAUGAGGGUUAUACAGGUAGACCAUGCUUACUGACUGCCUCAUUUAGCGAUGUUCAGUUACAAUGGCGCUGAAAAAAGUAACUUUAUGACCAUUCCUCACACUUACAACCUGCGCAGGUGUCCCUGUGGUCGCGUGAUCGACAUUCAGGCACUUUGCAACCAGCGGGCAUUUAUGACUGCUGCAGCAUCCCCCAGUCACGUGAUCACCAUUUGUGUGCUUUGCAACUGGCUUGCCAAAAGCAGAGUCAGUGCAGAAGGCGGCAGUAAAAUCGGAAGUCACGGUCACCUGAUGUUUCGCUUAACAACUGCGCUGAUUUGCUUAACCACCACAGCGGAAGUGAGGUUGUAAGUCUUGCAGUCAUGUGAUGUUUCACUUAGCAAUCGUGGCGCUUAGCAACAGAGUUGCUGGUCCUAAUUGUGGUCGCUAAGCAAGGACAACCUGUACUCUCAAGUGGGAUCUCCUGGAGAAAUCCACCAUGCUGUUUAGUCUGCCAGUGUUCAGUUCCUGAGAAGCCACCGAGAUCUAGCAGAAAGGCAAGGUAUUUGUGCGGUAGAUAUGCUUCAGCCACCUAAACAGCUUUUAGAACCGCUGUGGACAAUUUGAGGACAUUUCACAAUAAAGGCCUAGCAGAACUGCUAAGUCACCGCUAAGAGUCUGUUUGUACGUAACAGGGUUAUAGCGUUCAGCUAAGCGAAGGCAUACGUAUUUAUCUGUGAAAAAGGAAACCGCUGCAAGAAAUCUUGCCUUCUGGAGAAGGCGGGAACGGUAGUACACAGCCAAGUGACUCUCUUGGUAUUUUCUUGAGGUGUGGAUGGGGAAAGUGAGUGAAUAAAGUUGUAGUGCAAGUUUUCAACCACUGCUUGUAUUUAUACAUAGGUGUGUAUGAGUAAGCCUAUUUUAAUGGUUUCCUUUUAAACUGCUGUACAGAGUUUUGGUUUUGUAAGACUUGUAUCAAAAAAAGAAAGGCAAAUAUAUUUGGGAAAGUGAUAUUUCCACCCAAUA